CUUCAAGCGUGUGCUCUUCGACGACUGGUGCCAGACUCUAUUUGUAGGAUGCUGUCGACUCUGCGUGAACGUGUUGUGCGGCUCCAGUGAUGUUUCAGCUUUCCCACCACCACAGUCGCCUUCUGUAGGCCCACCUCAUAACCGCUGCUGUCGUUUUUUAAAGUCUGUUGUGGAUAGUCGUCGCGGACACUUCCUUCGAAAACAGGAUCGAGGACUUUUGUGACUAUUCUGGUAUUCGUUCGUACUUAAACCUGGUGUGUUUUUCCACGGUGCAUCAAGUUCUUCAGUACUCAUCAUCGUCUCCUCAUUGCCACAUCUCUUCAUUCUGAUCUAAAUCACAGACAAAGGAGGUCUGCUUCGAAGCGCGUCGUCCGGAACACAUGUUCGUCGUCUGCUAGCUCCCGUCUGCGUCGUCUGGUUCCUACGGUGGUAUCACUUGGUGAUGGUUCCUGUGACGGCAAAAUUCACCGGCUGGCUGUACCGCCUGUUCAAGAAAAUCAUCUGCCACGUGAUCCGUGACUCGUCGCUGGUCCCUUUCCCGGACCACCGAGACGACGGGACUCCGGGUGAUGCAGCGAGACCCGGGGCAGUGGCCAGCCGGAGAGGUGCAGGUUGCCACGGCAAGAUGUGGACAGUGCGCCUUGAGGGAGGGCCACGCCGUGUGAACCACGCGGCCGUGGCCAUCAACGGCAAAGUCUACUCGUUCGGCGGCUACUGCACGGGCGAGGACUACAACACUCGCAAGCCCAUCGAUGUCCACGUCCUCAACACAGUAUCCCUCCGGUGGGCACUGGUGCAGACGCAGUCGCACCCCGACGACGUGCCCUUUCAGAGGUACGGCCACACUGUCGUGGCGUACGGGGACUAUGCCUACCUCUGGGGUGGUCGCAACGACGAUGGAGCAUGCAACAUCCUCUACCGGUUCGACACCAACACCCUAACAUGGAGCCGCCCGAAGGUGUGCGGCCAUGUGCCGGGAGCACGGGACGGCCACUCGGCGUGUGUCAUGGGCUACCGGAUGUACGUGUUCGGCGGCUUCGAGGAGCAGGCCGACCGUUUUUCACAGGACGUGCAUUACCUGGACCUGGAGACCAUGCUGUGGCAAUACGUGCCAACCAGGGGCCAGCCCCCGCAGUGGCGGGACUUCCACUCAUCCUCGGCCAUUGGGGGCCGCAUGUACGUGUGGGGCGGCCGCGGGGACAGCCAGGGCCCGUACCACUCGCAGAGUGAGGUCUACUGCAACCGCAUGGCCUUCCUGGACACGGCCACCUCGUGCUGGGUGCACCCGCGCGUCGACGGUGUGCCCCCCGAGGGCCGUCGGAGCCACUCGGCCUUCGUCUACAGCGGAGAGCUGUACAUCUUCGGAGGCUACAAUGGGCUCUUGCUAACCCAUUUCGGCGACAUGCACAAGUAUGAUCCAGAGAACUCAUGCUGGAGCCAAGUGAAGAUCCAGCGGGAAGGCCCCUGCGCCAGGAGGCGCCAGUGCUGCUGCAUGGUCGGCGACCGGCUGUUUCUCUUUGGUGGCACAAGCCCAACUCCCAAUCAGGUAGCCAGGCAGCGGAUGGAGGAAUUUGAUGCCAAUGAUCUGACGCUCAUGGAUCACUCGGAUCUGCACGUCCUUGACUUUGCACCAACACUGAAGACCCUGUGCCUGCUAGCUGUCAUAGAUGCACGUAUGGACAUCAGCCACUUGCCACAGGACAUCAGGUGGGAGAUCAGUGCCAUGACAACAAACAACAGCAUCUCACGCCCGUCGCAGACGACGGGUUGAUUUGCCCCCACUGCUGCAGCGACGCAUUCUUGCGGUGUAGCCACCGGCGACGGGUGGCGAAGUUUGUACAUAAGUGGCGGCGUGCAUCAUCAGGCCAUCUCCUUCUCCUCACUCGGUGGACGAGACAUGGGGCUCUGGAACACCGCGCUCGUCGGGAAGCGGAUGGUCACCGAGCUCGUGGUGAUCUCGAGGAGGGGGGUGUCUGAAAGAAAAGAAUGUGCAAACAUGUUCCUCAAGCUCUUGGAAAGGGUUGCGUCUUUUGAUGUUCCAAGUGUGGUUGUGAAAGCAGCGAUUGCUGGCGAUUGUUGUUCUCUCGAGCUGGCUGAUAGUUUUUUUUUUUUUCUGUUCCCCAUUGAGGUCUCGUCGCCACCAUGCUGUUUACAUGUGUUUUCUAGUGCUGAAGACGAAAGACACUUUUGCUCGAGGUUCUUUUGAGUUUUUAACCCUGUAGGAAGUAGGCGCAGUGGUAUUUUGGUGUUCUGUACAUAGUCUUGUUUUUUUUGUUUUUUUCUCCCUUUUUUCCUUUGGAGGUAGAGAAGCUCAACCGAAGAGAGCUGUAGGACCAGCUUAAGAUGUGUUUCUUUUCACAGAAUUUUCAUAAGUCUAAGAGCCCAUUCCUCUUUGCAGUUUAUUUGCUGUUUUCUGUAUAGAUUUCUUUUUUCAUGAGAGAUUCACCAUUUAAAUAGCAGAGGUGUGCAAAUAUUUGAGUUUGACCUUCCAGUUUGCCAUUAGACAAGUGCUAACCAUUAUUUAGAUGGCAUCAUGCAACUGGUAAUAAUCUGUGACCGAUCAACCAUUGCAAAGCUUUCUUUAUUUCGUUCAUUGACGUGCUUCCAAGUCAUUGCAUGCUAGAUUAGUAUGAACUGUUAUUAAGUAUGAAAUUAUGUCACUGCGGCUAAUAAGGAGGUUCAGAAAGCAUGGCUAAAUUCAAGUGGCAAGUACUAGGUUGGCUUGAUUGGGUGAAUCAUGGUUGGUUUAAACACAAUUCGAAUGGGGAAGCAGGAGCUUUUUGCUGUUGAUCAAAAGUCGUGCCUAAGGUCAUUGUGUGCUAUGUGAAAAUUAAGCAUUAAUAUCAAGGCACAUGACAGAUGGACCUGACUGUGUUGUGAGUCGUAAUUAUUGUGAGUCGUAACUUAUAGAAAUGUAAAUAGACUUUGUUCAGACGAGGCGCACAAUUCCUUGCGGUUCCCGUGGAGUUUCUUAGGACACUCAAAACGGGGGAUGCACAGAAAUGGCAGGAAGUGUAGGCUUUGGACUGAGACCUUUUUCUGAGAGCCAAAGACCUCUUGAGGACCUCAUGUGGGGACAAAUGUUAGUCCUGCAUGAAGGUUAAGUGGCUAUUAGGGCCCUGUUUAAGUUAUUAACAGUAUGUGCAGUUAUUAAAACAUGAGUGUUCAUGAUGGCUUACGUUUACACUAAAUGUGAACACCACCUCUGGCAAGUUGCUGAAUUUUGAAGAAAGAUUAGGUCGGGUGCUCAUUAUUAGCCUGUCAUUUGUUAUUCUACAUUUGUUUUCUUCAUACACUUGAGCGAACAUCAGUGUAAGGUGAAAUACAAAGUUUGACGACUACCUGUCUGGCUGGGAAAAUGCAUGUUCUCCAAUGACAGAAAAUCAAGCACAGACAAAAAGAGUAGGGAACUUUGGUGAUGUCCAAGAGAAAAUAAAGACUGAAUUGAAUUCAAGUUUAGGCUGUCAAUACUGGAGCCUUGUUCGCAAUUUAGUGAUGCUGAAACGUCAUUAAAUUUCAUUACUCUUUUGGCCAGCGCUUCACUUCGCGUCUUUGGAUAAAAUCAGAACAAGGUGUGCCAUUUGAAAAGGGUCAAGUAAAUAUUAAAUUCCAAAAAAACGCCUUCAUUUUCAUAAUCAUGACCGCAUGCAAGGCCAAGCAGUGUCCAAGCUAUGUCUUUCGCGUCCCAGCAUUUUUGUUUCCGCAGCACCCUUUUAAAGAUGAAACCUGGUGUAGAUGGCCAUGCCGCAUUUCUCUCUGGGCUGUAUUCGGCAAAACUUUUCCCCAACAUCUCGUGGGAGGCCUGACUUCUUUGUUCUGCUCGAAUUGUACAAGUAGAAGUACAAGAAUUGUACAAGUAAGGUGGAAUUGUGUUCGUGUCAGCAAAUAAGAAGAUUAUUGCAUCGACCAGUUGGCCACAAAAGCAAUACACACAAGUAUGUGCACGUGUGUUCUAUCUGCGUACUAUUUUUGUAGGGGUCUGGUUUAUGCAAGAAUGCUCUUGUUUACUUGCUAUGCGCUAACUAAACCAGCAGCGUGUCUUUCUUGUGUUCAUGGAUUAGAAUUGAAGAAAGGGUCCUAGUUCGAGUUCUAAACAAGAAGGUUAUUUCAAAGUGAUUUACACUGGUUAUCUUAACCCUUUUACUCCCAGGCCUGACAUGUAGUCAUCCUAGCAGUUUGUACCAGUAUUGCAGUUCAUACCAGUAGUACUAGCAGUACUUUAUGCUGGACGUCUAGGUCUCCCUAAGGACAACUGCUACUUGAAUGGUUUAAACUUGCUGGUACUGGUAUGGUAGUACUGCUUCUACGAGUCCUGUUUGUCCAGGCCACAAUUAUUAUUUUUGCUUUUCUCGUCAAAAGCGAAACGCAGUCAACUCAUUUGAAGCUGUGCUGUUGGCACGUGUAUUUAGUGUGGCUAUUUCUGUUUUGAUUAUCAUGGGUCUACGCAAUCGAAGUAGAACCUCAUGGAUACAUUCCCAAUUCACGCAACUUCACAAUUUGUGCUCUCGUGGCUGAAGGCUCUGGAAAUGUCCUAUUUAGACGAUACAAUCCAAGUAUGUUUUUCCUUGUACAGUUUCUCAGAGAGUAUCAACAAGGCCCUAGAAUGUAUUCAAAAAUUGCACAUAUGCUGAGGGAGAGCCCCUGUGCUGUGUUUUCCUUCCUGAAUAUUUGGGAUGAAAUCAAGGAUAAAACUGUGUGUUGAGUGAAAAAAAUUCUUAUGGAAUAAAGAAAUUGUGAAGCUUUUUGCGUUUAUUUGGGAAAAAUUUUGGGAGUUAUGUGGUUGGAAUAAUAUGUAGCAUUAGUGGUGUAGAAUGGAUUCAGCCGUAGCACCAUCUUGAGGACGUAACAUUGUGGUGAAUGAAACCAUGGCAACGUGGAACAUUUGCUUAAGGAUAUUUUGUUGUUGUUGUUUAUGUUUAUUCCUGUUUGAAGCUAUGGUCUCCCAAAAUGGAUUGUCAAAGAAAAGUAAACAUUCACUGGAGAUCCACCAAAUAUGCUUUGCAAAAGUAUGUAGGGUGGAAUUUAGACUUGAAAGCUUUGAAGACGUUCUAGCUACUUGAUUAUUUCUACAAUAUAAACUUUCAUGUCUUUCUGAGAAACAAACUUUGCAAAUGGAAAAAAAGAAAAAUUAUCCUUAUCCGGCAGUCGAGCCUAGGACCACCGCUCUGCUUCAGCGCUUGCUAUUCCAAGGAAGCUUAAAGGAGCACUGACACAAAAUUUAUAAAUUGUUGCAUUGGUGUCGUUUAAUUAACCUGUACACACGCAUACCUUCGUCCAAGUAUUAAUGGAAGCAUGCAUGCAGUAGACAUCAACCUGUAGAACCUUGCGACUUAGAGAACAAACAAGGCAUGAAGGCAUAAAGUGACAUUGUGACGCUUUUGUGACGUUCAGCCUGCUUUAUCAAGCCAUCGGGUGGUAUGCUUACACGUGCAAAAGCUGGGGACAAUAGGACAACUGCCGUCACCUCCCAAUUGACCUAGAGCUGCGCAUUUCCUGCGAAUAUUGUCGCUCAUUUUCUUUUCUUAAAGCUGGCUUAUUCCACUAGGAAUGUGAGGGAAGUAAGAGCGAAGGAAAGAAAAGUAGAGGAACUGUCUUGGUUGCACAGGAAAUUUUUAGGGACCGUUUGCCAAUCCUCGAUGCUCCUAGUAUAAGAUACGCAACUUCAGCUGUAAGUGAGAAUGAAAUCUUGCCAUACAGUUCUGUUCAUUUGUGAUGAAACUAUUUAUAAUGGCAAGCGCUUGAAUCGAUGGGACUUGUUUGUUGCAUCCUGCACAGUAGACUUGCAAAAAUUCAAAAUAAAAUUAUAGCCGAUUCAAGGAGAUCCAAGUUUUGCUUCGCUUAUCAAUGCAUAUUAAAGCAGCAUGAUUGCGAGUUGCCCAAGGGUGCUCAAGCGUUUUGGCUUCCCAGAGCUGAUUAAAGUGGUAAACACUGCUGAUGAGGGAGCAUACAUUAGGUGCGAAGAGUUGAAAUUGGCCUAUAUUUGAUGUCCAGGCUUCUCUGGUGUGGACGAGUGUUUCUGUAAAAUGGCCCCACUCGGUCACUGCGGAAGCAAAUAUAUCGUGCAUGUAUCUUUUCACCUAUAUAUACUGGUAGAUCAAUUUUGGGAAUCGAUCAAUACCCGUCUACAUAUCCAUGUGUCAUAAUCUAUAAUUUUUGUCUUGAAAAGUAUCUUAUUCAAUAUUAAAAUAUUGGAAUUUACAAGAAUUUUUUUAAAAAUGUACAGUUUGUGGAAAUUUUUAAUUGAUGCAAGUUGGUGGCAUCGAAGGUGUCUGAAAUCGGCCCAAACGCAACAGUAAUGCAGCUACGUGCAAAGAAGGGAAAUUGUACUUUGGAGACGAAGGCAGGUAGACCCUCUUAGGGAGGCAAGCUUCAUUUUGAAAUGUGCCAGAAAGAAAACAUCGCCAUAAGACUCGCUGUCCCAUCCUAAGUACAUCACCAUUCCACCAGACAGCUCUGAUGGCUACAGUCUCUGGUAUUACAUGUUGAAAAGUGUGCGACGACGAUCGCAUGGCAGGCAGUUAUAGUGUUUCUCCACCAGGGCUGUGUGUUUGGUUAAGCCUAACUGGUUUGUAGUUCCAAAUGUGAGUUAACUGGCUCCAAACUGUUCUAAAAUUAACUUGGAAGCCAGUUUUGCAUUAAGAUUCAACAAGAGAAGCUGUAGGCACUUGUAUCUGCGCUUGUUGCUGGAUUUCUUUUUAAGCUUUAUAAUUUAGUGUCGCUUUGAAAAAAUUAGGUGCUAGUUCCUCAUAGUCAUUUUAUCAUUCCUUCAAGUGCUUGUGCCUGAGUGAUGAUUUUUGAUGUCUUGCAUGUUCGGAGCUCCUGCAGGAUCACAGAAAAAAAAAAUUCUGACUUCGUCAGUGGCGAGAGUUCAGUAGCACUAUUCUUCACGCUUGCAUGUGCUGGGCUAAAUAUGUUUAUUUGUGCUAGUGCAGUCAUUUAUGUUAAUGUGGCCAUCCCAUAGCUGCCACUCAUGAUUCGAGAUUUCAAUCUAAGGUAUUUACAAGUUGCGGAGCUUUUUCUCACGGUGCUUGGUAACCUUCGUUUCGACCUGAAAGUGUAACUCAAAAAAUGAAUGGACUGACAUGUUUUGUCAUCAUGCCACAUGAUGAUUCUAGUGACCACACAACUGUGCCAAUUGAUUAUGUUAACGGUGGCAUGGUGUGCUGCCAGAAGAAUGGUCCAUUUUCCCAGAAUAUUUCAGUUGGGCGGAAAUCUCCGUGCUUAUGUCACUGAUGUCCGCUUUAUAAGUGCGAAGUUCGCCUGUGACUCCAUUAUUCUUAGCAAGAUGCCAAAUUUGCAGGGUUUCUGUCAAUCAUGCACUGAUUUGCGCACUGACCAGGUGUAUCAACGCAUCUUGGCAAGCUUACUUGUGGAAGAGAGUGCCAGGAAUCUAUUCACAUUGAACAACGGAAGCUCCACGUGAUGACAAUGUUUUUACUUUCUUGCACACCCUUAGGUUCAGCUGUCCAUGGUUGGUUAGCCUGCCCAGCAUUUCUUGAAAGUGCAUAAUUCUAGUGUCGCGUGUCCAGAGCGACCUCGUAAGAGGUGUCGCGUGCACAGGUCGCAACGGGGCGUAAUGUCUUAAGAGAGGUUGCUCCCGUUUAGAAGGUCGAGACGAGCUGUCAUGUAAGCAGUGUGAAAAUACAUCGUGUAAGAAAAUAUGGGUCUUAGUACAAGAAGCAAGCAGUUUCACCGCCAGAUAUGUACGCAAGUUUACUAGUGAAAGGCCUACUAUAAAGGCAAAUGCAAUAUACGAUGAAAGCAGCAUCAGAAGUACAAGAAUGGGCAUCUCAGUGAUGUCUGAUUGAAGAAGAAGUUCACUACAGUUCUCACUGGCUCAGCUAUUUUUAGUUUAUCAUGUGACACUGUUCUGUUCAGAUGGAAAUCGCCAUCUUUUCUGGUAGAGUUGAAUGACAACAAUGCAGGGUUUUAUUAGACCGCUGGCCACAGAUAUCACUCGCGUGAAGUGGAGAUUGGGUGUUCAUUGCCUUUCCGAAGGAUUUAUGGGCUGCAUUUUGACAGUGGUUGUUAUGCUUGUCAGUUUACUCUUGUUGCAAUAUGUAAAUUAGCCAAUACUACUUAGGCAGAUUUCAUUUUUCUUUAAAUUUUGCAGUCUCUGAAACAUUUAUUGUUCAUCCGUGGCUCAAGCUUUGCUGAAAUACAUUUCGAAAAUGCAAGGAAGCUGCAUUUCAGUCAGCAGUUUUUCUUUUCUUUCCUGUAUCUUCCUCUCUCUCUUUCUUUUGUCUUUUUGCUGCUUCUAGUAUUGAUAAUUUUCAGGAAAAACGAAACAUGCCAUUUGGUAUAAGGGAUGGUAUAAGGGAUGUUCUUUCAAGUAUUCCAUGGCCUAGUAUUGAGUUUGAAAGCGUUAAAGUUAUAUAUUUCACUUCGUCUUUGUUGGAUGGUGUCUGCUGCCAUUGUGGUGCUUGCUUGCAAACCAGUUGUGUUCACGCCUGACUAUAAGCGCAGCAGCUUUUGUAACAUUUUAUCACAUUCUUGCGGAAGGAGCUAUGAGAAAACAAAAGCUCAUACAUCUAUUCUCUUAUGAGGAAGGUUUAGCUUGGGUGCUCCUAUCUAAAUACAUGUAAAAGGAGAAUUCGUUUUUCUCGGUAACCACUGCACCAAAUUUGGCAAGGUUUGUCGCAUCUAAAAGAAAAGUAAAAAUUUAGUGACUGUUGGUUUCGAAUUUUUGAUUUAGACCAUAAAUUUUUUAUGAAAAGAGUAGCAAACAUCGAAAAUGUUUAGAAAACGAAACUAUCAAGUUUACAACUCUUUAACUUCGCAAUGAAAAGCGGUAUCACAAUUAUGUGAAUUGCAUCUAAUAGUACCUCUAAAGCAGACAAAAUGGAUAUCUUACCCAUGAAUCACAAAGAAUUUAGUAAUAUGGCAAUACAGCUUUUGCAGAACUCUUGUAGACAACAUAAUAAAUUCAUGUAAGAUGUAAAGUGACAUAUUAAAUGUGUCCGCUUUCAAUUAUCUAGUUGAUGCUGUUUACAGAACCGCAAUAUCUGUUUUGAUGCAGAGCUAUUUGUAAACUCGUUCUUCUAUUUCUUCCUAACUUGCAGAUUUUCGAAAAUCCUUUUAACAAUAUUCAAGCCCUAAAUCAAAAUUCCGGUUCCAACAGUCACUAGAAUUGACCUUUUUCUCUCAAAUGCAACAAACUUCACUAAAAUCAGUUCAGGGGUAAUCUCGGAAAAACUUUUCUGCAUUUUACAUGUAUUUGACUAGGCUGCGUCAGAGUUGAGCCCGAGCUAAAGCUUCCUCUUAAUGCUGAAAAUCUGGCUUGAUGCAUCAGUAACAUAUUUUGUCAACUCUCCUAGUUAGCAGCUUUGCUCGCUUACUUAGAUGCCUCAUUGCAUGCACAUUGUUUGCACGUUUUGCAAAUUUUGUCAAGUGGAAUUGAGUAGUGGUGUCCUCGGCAAGUGUUUCUUUUUCUUCAUCCACCAUUAAGGGCCAGCUCAUUUCAUUCAACACGAUUGUAGCACUGCAUUUUAUUGCUGACUGCAUUUCGGUCGGACAUUGCUAUUGGACAUUAAAGUAGGUUAUAAAGCAGCUGUCUUAGUGACCAAAACAAAGGUCUCUGUGGUUACAUUUACCACAUGUUACUGGCGGCCAGUAAUUGAACGCAGUAACAGCACGGAAUUCGCCGAAGUAGGCUAGCUGUUACUGGUGAGCUGCGCCUGCCUUACUAGAGGCUUGAUUUAAAUGCAACAAUGAGUACUGGUUAUUGACGUUGCUGUCAAAUUCGACAUUAUGAAGCCGUCAACUGGCUAUGCAUGGAACAGUUACUUGCUCCUCGUGUAACUGUGUAGACGAGGCACAUGUGUAGUGGAGUACAAUAUCGCGACGACUGCACAAUCGCUAACUAAAUAAUUCGUCAGCAAUUGCUCAGCCAGUACAAGCACAGACAUUGGCUUCUGUUAUGCGGCUUGCAACUUUCACGUGCUUGGCCUUGUCGGGCUUCUCAGAACAUAGAGAAACACUAUAAAGAGAAAUAAUUUGAGCUGUAUAAGUAAAUUACUCAUCUACAAUACCAAAAAAAGGACGCUCUUACCGCGAGUGGAGGCUUGAUAAGUCAGAAAAAAUGCGAGAACAAAGGUGGGUGACAACACCACCUUGUGGUUCCUGCACAAACCAACUGCGACACGAUGGUAUUGACAGAGUCAGCGCAAUCCUAGAGAAUUUCUUUAUCUGUAAAAGUUUAAUUCAUUGUAGAGUUGAAUCCCGUUACAGUGAAGUCGCGUGUGACCUAAAAAUAGCUUUGAUAUACCCAAUGUUCGUUAUAAAUGCAUAGUAUAUGUUACACUAAUAACAAUGACAUAAUUUGUUAUUUACUUCACUAUAUCCGAUAAUUCGUUAUAUCUGUGUUAUAUCAUGGUUCGACUAUCGUAAAGGAGCCAAAGGCUGAACAUGGCAUGUUUCAAUAACUUUUCAUGAGCCAUAGCAGACCCCCGUGAUGCAUGACCUUGAUUUCAAGGGCACACUGGGGUUUCAUGUGCUCAAGCACGUAAUUCCUUUGUUAGUUUUAUGCCACUGUAUUAGUCUACGUCUACUAUGCUAUUAACACUAAUAUUAAUACUAUUAAAGAUAGAAUAAUACUGUUCAGUAUAGGAAGGUGGUAGUGUGGAUUAGAGAGCAGGGGCAGCAGGUAUUUUAGUUGAGAUUAAGAUGUGGAAGUUGGACAGGGAUGUAGUACAUAGGGCAGGUUAGCCAGGUGGUCUAUUAGAGUUAAGAAUGGGUGUAAGGCAAGGGAAGUGCAGUCGAUGACAACGGAUAAUUAGGUGGUGUAAUGAAAUGAGGAAAUUCGCAGGCAUAGGAUGGGGUCAGCUGGCAGAAGACAGUGGUGAUUGGAAAUCAAUGGUAGAGGCCUUUGUUCUCCAGUGGACAUAAGAAAAGGCUGAUGGUGGUGAUCAAUCAUCAUACCUUUACAUUCAGUAACGCACGUGUUACUACAGUACAGUUGGAAGGUAAAGCAGUGAAGUAAGUCCUAAUGAUAGAGGGUGGGGUGCCUUGAUUGGGGGCAGAAUAAUGUGUGCAGAAGCAGCGUCAACUGUGUUAUUUUAUACUCAAUACCACGCUUUGUAGUGUUUCGCAGUGCAAGAAUGGCAACUCUGGCUAUCGUUGGGUCAGGGUUACUCUUCGAAGCAGUAGUGCCUCAAGAACAAUGACUGGAAGAUGUAAAUAACUUAAUUGCCCUGUGCUCCUGCACCUUGUAGGUGUGUUUGAUCAGUUUGGUAAUGGUGCAACUUGGACUGAUAGGUAGAGAGAUAGGAGCGAGUAGAGAGAUUUUUGUGGAAUACAAGGUGAAAUGAAACAGACACGCAUUGAAUAAUAACUAUUCUCUACGUAAGUAUUAAUACCUUGUCAAAAGGGAAUACACUACAGUUUUGCAUCUUCCAGUCCUUGCUUGUGUGUUGCUACUGACCUCAACAUUUCAUUUCCAGGUUGCAUUAUUUUUUCUGCAAAUAUUUAUAGAAGGAAGCAGAAUUGAAACUAAAAGCAACUUACUGCUGAGGUUUAUUUAUAAUUAUUAUUUGGGAAGACUUGUACUCCAUCUCAGCAAGUCUGUGCAGCACAGCAAAAAGUACGGGUUGAGUUGGCCAACCAGAACAGAGAAGGGCUCCCCUGUUGUCCUGCUGUGAUCAACCUCUGUGCGAUGUCAACUGAAGGAUUAGCAGUGCGCAACGGGUGAACCCUCCUUUCUUGGAACACACAAUCGGCUCUCGUUACUGACUGGCUGACAGGAAAGUUCUAGCCUUUGCUGCAUUGUACCGAGUAGUUCUGAACAGGGUGUAACAGCUAGUCUUGAGCCUCCUAUCGGAGAUUGCGACAAGAAUCCAAAUGGUUGUGUGUGUGGGCCCCAUGUUUUUAUAAAGUGUUAAACAGCUUGGUUGAUUUUAGUCUGUAUGGCACAAUCUUUGGUUGUCCUAUCUUUUAUCUUUUUUCCCCUUCUUGGAUUCUGUUCAGGUGUCUGUGUUGCGUAGAGAGGUGUUAAAUGUAACCACAUUGUAAUAUGUUCUUUGGUUUGCUACUACUGCCUUGAGUGCUGUAUCUUUCCUGCGUGUUGAGUGCAAGUUGAGCUCUUUUAAUGCAGCUUUGGCUACACAGGCUGUCAAAAGUAUUUACGGUACAACAAGAAAAUGUUGCAUCCCAUUUGCAUUACACAAUAAGUGAAACAUGCUGAUCAAAGCUAACAAGACCUGGCUUGCGGCCAUAACUUUAGUAGUUUGGGAGGUUGUGAUCCUUUGUUUUGUAGUGCGGGGUUGUUAAUUUCAUUGCUUGCUACUUUUGUACUGGCUUCCCUUACAAUGUUCGUCAUAGAAAGUUUGUCGUCAUUCUGCUUACUUUUAGUUGCACUGGGUAGACAUUGUGUUGAGAUGAUGCAGAAUAUUGUGCAUGAUUCUUGCCCAGAGUUGUGCCUCUUUAUUCACAACCACAUUGCACACGGCCAAUUGUGAGUUAACCAGAAGUGUUCUUGUCAGAGUGUCUGGUUUUGAGAACAAAUCAUGGUGACAGCACACGUCAAGAACCCCGUAGUUCCUAGAAGAGCUGCGCUUUCUCGAUAUCCUCUGUAGCUGUGGCUUUGUUGACGGCUAUCACCCACAUGUGGCUACACAUGCACAGGUAUUUUAUUUUGUACUGGCUCUGGCUCCCAAUUCGUACAUGACGUAACGGUUACUACUGUCAAGGGUUGUCUUGGGUCCUCUUCCCUUUCCUUUGACGUCUAUUUUGGUUUGCGAAGGAGAGUUUAUAGUGUAUAUAGUGUAUCCAUUGGCCCACGGUCAUGUUUCGCCAAUGCAGGCGAGUGUGAUGCCUCUUCUCAUCUAUCUUGGUAUUGAUCCAUGUGUUUGUAUAUGGUUAGCUAACGCACAAUGCGACAUAUGUAUAGCUUGAAAGUGUGAAAGAAACGACGUAUAUGUGUUCACAACACGGUUGAACCUGUAACUGUGUGUGUUAUCCUGUUUAUAGAAGCAGGUUGCUAGAAGGUGUGGCCUCACAGUGUGUGUUGUGGGACUGUCUUGAUCGCUGUUCUCGCUGCUGGCAAUUGUCGGGAGUGUGGAAGCUGCUUCCAGGAAGGUGUGCUUGAGGCUCUAACAGCUGCGCAGAUGAUUUUUAAUUAGUGGUGUGCAAAUAUUUGAAGCUUCAAAUACUGAUCAAAUAGUCUUUGCUUUGCUUCGUAUUUGAUUCGAGAAUUCACUGUUCAAAGGUAUAGAAUAUUGCUUUCUGUCCGAAUACUAUUAGGGACAACAACAGUUGUUGCAGUCUACAAGAAGAGAGACCAAUGUAAUAAGUGCUGAUUAAAUCAUUACUGUUAUAGUCAUUGGUGUACCAGAUGCAUUCACCUUUUCAUUGUUUCUCAUUUACAAGUCUCUUAAUUGACCUGACGUUCAGCUGUUAAAGGCAAUAUAUGUGCCACAUAAUGUAAAUGUUUUCUUUUGUUGCAAACGGAACUUGCAGAACCUUUAUAUUUUGCUUUGUUUAGAAGGAACACAUUUCGGUAUUUGAUUCGACAUUUGAAAGUUAUUUUUCUUUCAUAUAUGUAUAUUUAAUUAGAAAGUUUCGCUAUUUGUUUCACCUGAAUUAUUAAUAUGAGAAAUUAUCUGCUUAAAUGAUUCAGGUGGUGCAGAAAUUGACUCUUUUUUCUCUGUUCUAAACUUGCCAUUGGUUUUUGGCAUUUUGUUACAUUGCCUCCAAGUUUAUUGACUCGAAAGGUUAAGUAGAUGCAAUGCGUAAAAGCAUGCUGUACCAAAAUUCUUUUUUUGUUUUUCCUUCUAAAGGUGAGCUAGUAGGAUCCACCAUCCAAAGUGCUUUGUUUAUGCCAUCGUGAUCCAUUCGGCUGCAAUCUGUGGGUCAAAGUUGAGGAGGAGGACGUUUGCGACAUGGCAUCCACUUACGUUCAGCCAAGAUGGUUGGCAUCUUCAAGUGCACAUCUUCCUGGGAGCAAGCUCCAACUGAUGGUUUGCCCAUGUUGUAAUUGACUGUCAUGCAUAUUGAGUGGAUGUGUGAUGCCCCAGGCAUCCUGGCUUACUAGCCUCCUAUGUGUUGACGUGUAUACUCUGGGUGUUCCAUCUGGUGUAACGUUUGUUGGCCUAGCGCAUGUGGGCACUGUCUGUAUGAGCGGGGCUGUGUGCAAAAACAAGGUUGGUGUUUGCCCUUCUUUUUCGUUUUGUCUUACCAGCGGGAUGCAUUGCACGGAACCACUCUAGUUGCUGCUUCGCUUUGCAGGUACCAUUGUGGUCGUGACAUGCUUGUAGCACCAGUCAAGGAUUCAUGUUGAAUCAAGCUAAUUGCAGUCGGGAUGCGUAACAUUUCUUUCACUGUUGUUCUAGAUGUGAUAACUGAAGUUAAGCAACCCUUGCAAAUGGAAAUUUUUGCCUCUUGUACCCCUAGUGACGAUGCAUACCACAUAAGGUAGGCAGUAUCAUUCCAGGCCAUGUGGAACGUCUCAGAAGUCUCCAUGCGAAAAAGUAAAUGAGCACAAGACGAGGCCUAGAGGCUCUGCAUAAGGGUGAAAGAAUGACUUGUGCGUUUACAGCAUUGUACUGCAGUGCUGCCCACCAAGCAGUGCAACAUUAUACACAUUGGCCAGAGGACUGCCUAAUGUGCGCAUAAUAUAAUGCCCGAAGUCUAGGCUGGUUGCUUGCGGGCUGCACAGUUAUAUUUGCACGCUCUUGUAUGACAAGACGUUCUGCCCGAACAUCUGGCACAAGGAAUGAGUAGAUUGCACAUCCGUCAGGCUUGCACUGAACGCUUGAAAUAUGUUGCUGGAUGGUCGCAUUUCGAUUAUCUGCUAAAUAUAUCUGUGUUUUCAAUAUUGAUGUAUCUAAAUGUUCAUGAACGCCAAUGCCGUAUACAUGACGGACCCUAGGCCAGUGUAGCUGCUGCGGCAGCUUUUUGCCCAGGUGCCCCACCCCUAGUUCAAUUUGUUCCGAAAAAUAAAGUUGUACACACGCAUGCACACACACGCACACGAGGACGAUCACCUGGUAGCAAGUCAGCCAUAGCGCACACAAGUAGUUGGCACGAACACAAUAAGUGGAACUGAACGAACUCAUUCUGUCACGGGGUAGCGCUGUCGCGGGGUAUAUGCGCCAUGCAAGUGGCAACCACUGGACCAGCGUAAACAGACCGGGCAGCACACACGCUUUGCCGUUGUCGCAGCUUUGAAACCCAUGGUUGCACUUGUGGUAGCUUUGCUCGUGAUCUCUGGACUUUGCAGUCAUCGGAGGUUUUGCUCUCACGAGCAUCGGCUCGCUUCUGUGCGAGGAGCCUGCUCAGCCUGAUAAUCAGUGACCGUGGACUUGUACUGGCUGGUUUCGGCGCAUUGCUGUUCAGUACAUACUAGUUUUGCGUUGUGCUUAUAUACGUGCCAAAUGGACCUCUGAAAAUGCUGUCGAGGGAUAUUAUCGCAUAGGAGGGAAAAAAAAAAGCCCACACAAAAGGGGGAGAGAGACUCCUCCUGUGUGCGCGUCAUUUUCCACGCUACUUCCCGUCAACUGCUAUGCAAGAUCUAGUCCUUUGGGAAAAAAUUAUGCACAUAUCGCACAUCUGCUCCACUCGCCUCGCAGAACUUGUUCGCCCGUGAUAUCUUGCCGUAUUAUAUCCCGUGUUGCCAUGCCGAUGUCGGUAUUUUCCAAAAUAGGCUUUAGUGAAUGUGCGUUCAUUACCAACUAGUAUCAAGGAAUCGUAUUGAGCAUGCAGGUAAUAUCAUCACGGAAAUGUGUUAAUUCCAUGCACAUGCGGUGAAGCGAGUGCAGAAAGGCACGUACCUUUCUUGGAAGUUCGGAGUGUAUAAAAGAACCCUGAUGAUAUCAGUUCCUACGAGAAGUAUUGACACAUGCAGUGGAUUGUCUGUAAAGUUUUGGAUAGUUAGCGCACCCUGAUAUUCUGUGUCGUAGUCACAACUAGGUGAAAUGCUUGUAUAUAUGUCUUCGUGUGGAGCAGGAUGUUGCUAUGGCAACGAAGGCAGCUAAAAUAUGUACUGUGAUCACGUACAAGCAACCAUGCUAGAGAUUGCCAGACUAUGUGCCCCUGUAUUCCGUUUUCGUAGCAGGUAAACAUCCAGGGGCAUAUGACCAAAGAAGGCGCUUAAAACCAGACUGGGUCUUUGAAACAUGAGCGUCAUCGUUACCACUAACCUUUAACUGUCAGUCUAGAGAGUUGAUGGAAAGACAUCCUUUGACUAUAUGUACGUUAACGUAUCGCAGUGCUUGCACACACAGAAAAAGUUAGAAUGCAGACAUACGAAUGGAUUUCACUGAAAGUCGUGUCAAACAAAUGGGUAGUCAAAUGAUAUAUUUCUAUGAAAAACACUUAAAAAAUCUAGGCUUUAUUUAUAUUAUACAAGUGUUUAUCUGAAAGCAACAGUAAAGACUUUCCCAAAUCGUGCAUUGUUACAUGAGGAAAAAAAAUGAAAAGGAAAACUAAAUCGGAGUGUUUCAAAUUUUGAGGUUGACUGGUCGGCCGGCAGUGCGGUUUGCUCUUGUGCAUGAUACGUGGGCUUUUUGUGGUAUCUAACUUUUCUUUCAUGUGAAAGCAUAAGCGUACAUCUAAACUUUUCACAAGCAGCGCCUAUUUCACCUUUCCCGAAUUUUUAUCUGCUAGUCCAUAUAUUUUUUUACCUUCACUUCCCUAAGAAACAACAAAUUGCAAUCAGGCGCACGUGCAGGCGAUAGCACAACAAAGCGUUGUGGAAGUGUGACAUAAAAGUAGAGUAGCACAUUUCUUGUUCAGGGCAGGUUAAUGCUUGGUUCAAACCACGACUGGCCCAUCGAACUUCCAUACCUUCUGGUGCAGCACCGUUGUAGAGAAAGGGACAGACGGCCGUACUUACGAACGCCCGUUUUCCUUCCUCUAAUGACCUGUGUUUUUUUUUUUUUUUUUUUUUUUGCUCACUCCUCUUUUCUGUGCAUCUAAUCUUUAUGGGCUGUCCUAGCUAACGUUAACCAAGUUGUUAUAAGAAAAAUAAAGAGAAAUAAAACACUGUGAUAGAUGCGGUGUUUGUCACAGGUUGGAAAAAAUAAAGCGAAAUAAAACACGGUGAAAGAUGCGGUGUUUGUCACAGGUUGGACGACCUAACCGUAAGUCUUAUAACCGUAUCCCUCGACAUCCUUCUUUUUUUUUUUUCUUCUAGCACCUUGGAUAAGGUUAGUUGGGACACACAGUAUAUGCAUGAGCAGGUGACAGCAGGUAACCUCUAUUACACAUUUGCGUGUUCCCUAGCUGCUGCGUAGUCUCCAGCGCCGAAGCUGCACUCGCGCCGACAGUGCCCACACGCGCAGGGUUUUUCAUGUUUCUGCACACACGUCUUGGGCAGGAUGUACAGAGUGACGCAGUGUUUCCGACGAUUCUCUCUCUCGACUGUAUACAAGUGGCUCACUCGCACAUAUGUGGCCCGAAAAGCGUGUUUAUUCGCGCUCAUCUAUACGCGGUGUUGUUUUCUGGAUCGACGGCCGUUUUCGAUACGCGUCUGUUGUUGCGGCAGUGCCACCUCUAUAUGUGAUGCUGUGGCUUUCUUUUCCUCAUUUAAUUUAUACAAGGAAGGAGAUGAAAAUGAAGUAAAAAAAUAAUAAAAGGAAGAAAAGUUUGA